UUGAACAAAAAAGAAUAAAAUUUCAUUAUCAAAAUAUUAAAUUUUUUUGUUCAAAUAAUAAUCAACAACAAUAUUUGAACGAAGAAAGUGGUAAACAGACCAAUAAUAAUAAUUCCUAUUAUUCAUCAUUUAUUGUUGAUGAUAAUCGUCGUAAUCAUAAAAAAAUUCUGAAAAAAAUGCCUUUACCAUCAAGAGCCAGAGUUUAUUCCGAUGUUAAUAUACAUCGGCCACGUGAAUAUUGGGAUUAUGAAACACAUCAAGUUGAAUGGUCAGAACAAGAUGAUUAUCAAUUAGUUAGAAAAUUAGGCCGUGGAAAAUAUAGUGAAGUAUUUGAAGCAAUCAAUGUAACAAAUAAUGGUCGUUGUGUUGUUAAAAUAUUAAAGCCGGUCAAAAAGAAAAAAAUUAAACGUGAAAUUAAAAUAUUGGAAAAUUUACGCGAUGGUCCAAAUAUAAUAACAUUGAAAGCUGUUGUAAAAGAUACUUUGUCACGAACACCAUCGUUAAUAUUUGAAUAUGUUGACAAUACUGAUUUUAAACAAUUAUAUCAAACAUUGACGCCUUAUGAUAUUCGUUAUUAUUUGUAUGAAUUGUUGAAAGCAUUGGAUUAUAGUCAUAGUAUGGGAAUUAUGCAUCGUGAUGUAAAGCCACACAAUGUUAUGAUUGAUCAUUCAAGUCGUAAGCUUCGUCUUAUUGAUUGGGGUUUGGCAGAAUUUUAUCAUCCUGGUCAAGAAUAUAAUGUACGUGUUGCAUCACGUUAUUUUAAAGGGCCAGAAUUAUUGGUCGAUUAUCAAAUGUAUGAUUAUUCAUUGGAUAUGUGGAGCCUUGGCUGUAUGCUUGCAUCAAUGAUAUUUCGUAAAGAACCAUUUUUUCAUGGCCACGAUAAUUAUGAUCAAUUAGUUCGUAUAGCUAAAGUAUUGGGUACAGAAGAAUUAUAUGAAUAUUUAAAUAAAUAUCAAAUUGAAUUGGAUUCAAGAUUUGAUAAUAUACUUGGACGACAUUCAAGAAAAAGAUGGGAAAAAUUUAUAAAUAGAGAAAAUUCACAUCUUGUCGAAAGUGAUGCCAUCGAUUUUCUGGAUAAAUUAUUACGUUAUGAUCAUGCUGAACGUUUAACAGCUCGUGAAGCAAUGGAACAUCCAUAUUUUUAUCCAGUUUCUAAAGAACCAUCAUCAAAUAAUUAUCAUCUUGAUUUAAGACUUUCAUCAUCAAAUGCAGCACCAACUUCGGCAUCAACAUCGAAUGCUAUUAGUGGUGGUGGUGGAAACGGUGCUGUUGGUGUAGUCGGUGGUAAUGGUCCAUUACAAGUCACUAAUUCUGGUGAUAUCGCUCAACCAAAUGUUACUUAAAUAAUUGAAAAUAAAAAUUAAAACAAAAAAAAAACAAAUCAUAACCCAGACAAAACUUUCUCAUCCCUCUCUCUCUCUCUCCAAUAUAUCUUUUUUUUCUCUUGU